AUGGAAGAGUGUAUUCAGAUCGGCAAAGCAUUGAAGAUGGAUGAAGAGGAGGUGAAGUUCACCAUUUGGUAUUUGCACAAGUGUGUGGGGGCCCUUCUCUACUACCCUGACAUCAAGGACAAGGAGUCUUACUUCAAAAACCGUGUCAUCUGCAGUCCCAAUGUUGUCUUCAACAGCAUCAGUCUCCUGAUUGUCGAAUCUCUUCUAUCUCUACACUCAUGUGAUUGGUCGUCUCAAUUCACCGCUGCCGAUAUCAAGAAGUGGCAAGAACUUGGGCAAUUCUCGAUUACUAUGAUUAAACGCUGCUGCUCCAAGUCAAACAAGGCAAAAGUGAAGGAAGGUGAUUUGAUCCCAGUCGACAAACUUGUGAAGUUGCUUGAGCAUGUCAGUCUCCUUGCACCCAUAGUUGGUAAAGGUCGCCGAGAGCCAGUCUACUUCAUGCCAGCUAUCCUCGAAUGUGCCUCAAAGGAUGAGCUUUCAAAUGCUCCAGCCAUCGACUCCAACACGUCCUCUCCAAUCAAGAUCACCUUCAAGUCUGGCUAUGUGCCCAUUGGUGUCUUCUGUGCCAUGAUCAGCAAAUUGGUUUCCGAGGGACAAAAUGACAUUUUGGGGAUGGAAUGGAAUCUGCAAGAAUCUCGUGUCAUGAGAAAUCUAGUUUCUUUCAAUGUCGAUAGCGCCAAACACCACAUCACACUGGUAGCCCACGCCGACUGUUACGAGACUCGAAUCACCAGAAAAGAUGAUUGUGACAUGCAUGAUCUCUGCUCCUAUGUGCUGACUACCGUCCUGUAUGUGAUGAGUGGAAUUAGCAAGAAAAUCGAGCCGAUUAUUGCAUUCGAUUGUCAGUGCCCAAAGCAUCAAAACGCUGAAGAAACGAGUUUGUGCAAGUUGAUGGAGGGUCGCAGUCCUUUCUUUCAGUGUGGGGAUGAUUGUGUUUCUCUGCCACCACAUCAGGAAUGUUGGUUUGCAAAGGAAGUUAAAUUGAAUGAGGCAGCUGUUCUGAAAGCUCUGCCAUUUGCUGACCCAGCUGACCUCUCCUUCAAGUGGACCAGGAAAGGCAAUAAGGUGGCGGGUGGAUCAGAUAACGAGCUCACUGUGGAUAAAGUGACGAGGGAUCAUUGCGAUGGGUUCUACACUUGUGAAGUAUCCAAGAACAAGCAGCUCUCUUUUAAAGUGCACCACUGCUUGAGAAGUAUCAGUGAGGCCACAGCUACAGGUGGUGACAUAUCUCUCAAGACUGUCAAAGAUGCUACUUGGGAUGCUCGUGCAAAGUGGUACCACCUGGCCAUUAACUUGGAUGUGGACUAUGGAACUAUUGAUAGUAUCAGAGAGACUAACUACAAUAACACGGAGAAGUGUUUUGUUGCAAUGCUGGAGGCGUGGUUCAAGAAGGGAUCUCCGAGCUGGUCGGUCAUGGUGGAGGCUUUGAGAGGCCGUGGGGUGGAGGGAGGGACCCUAGCCAACAAUAUCGAGAGAACAUUUAUGAACACUUACUAGUUAGCGAACAAACUUCCACAAUAAUUAUAAACUUGUCCAAUUAGU